CAGAAAAACGAGACGCCCACAAAAAGGCACUGAGAAUCCGUCUUACUCGAGACUGAAAGUUGAGUUUUUUGAAUUUUUCAACCAAUAAAUGAAAUCAAUAAAAUGUAAACAGCCAAAGAAAUCUGAAUAACGGUUUAGGAUAAAAGCCUUUUCUACUGAGACACAGUUUAAGACCUGAAUAUAACUGUACUUUAAACUGAUGAAAUAACAGCAGACAUUGCUCAUUAAAUACUAAAUGAUAUCCAAACAUCCUGAUUAAGAUAGAUUAGUCUUUUUUAAAUAAAACUUUUCUCAGAAUAAAAUUUUCAAGAUGAUACUUUUUUUCUCUCGUGUUGUGAUGCUGUUUUUACACCAUACAUGGACAAAUUAACUUAAAGUUAAUGAUUUGAUGGUUGUAUUUUAAAAGUAACUGUAAAUACACUUGUUUAUUUCUGCUAUGAUGUGUAUGAAUAUUUGUUAUAUGUCAAUAUAUGCAAUAAAAAAGCUGUGUCAUCCAGUAAAGAGGAGCACAGCUUUGGUUGGUUUGUGAUAGUUCACUGCUGAAUUUUGUUUUAAAAAUAAAAUGAAAAGUUCUCUGUUCGAGUUUCUAAUGGAUGAAUAUACAGUUAUGAUUUUUGUCAUGAUUUUAAAAUUGUUUCCACAGAGUUUAACAGACUGCUGUCAUUAGUUUUCAUGCAUGCAGACGUAUGUUAAAUUGGUGAAAUCAGGUUGAUACAUAUUUUUAUAUUUUCCUCUGAAAAGGUUCGAACAUUAAUAAUGAUUUAGAGUAGAGAGAUAUUUGGACGCUGCAGAAACGUCUUUGGCAGGACUUUCUGCUGCAGCCUUCAUCCUUCAUUUCUUCCUCUGUUUUAUCAUCGGCGUCUGUCUUGAGGAAACAAUCCUGCGAGUCUUUCCCCCUCGUCAAUCCGCCGUAUGAGUUCAUUUUAUUUGAUGCGAUAAUCUCUUCUUUAUUUUAUUUAAUGACUUGAUCAUUUUCUUCUUCGCCUGUCUCUGUAGUUCAGUCUCUUUAACCAUCACAGUUAAUGUCUAAAAUGGCAGUUAACUGCAUUUAAGAAUAUUGGAAACAGAGAGAGGGUUGAAACCAGAAUAAUAAAAUCUCGGAUGGAAACCACAGACUCGGUCAGCUUAAUUUUUUUUGAUUUAUGUGGCGUAGGCCGAGGCUACAUGUUCUUUUGUUAUUGUUGCUCUCUCAGAGGAGGCCGGGAGAGAGAGCUCUGCCCCACGUUUUAUUUACAGCUCUCCUAUAGUAAUGCGUCUAAUGGCAUGAAUACAAUUUACAGUUGAUCUUUGUGGAGAAAUCCGCUUCGAUAAUUCUCUGAGAGAUGAUGUUAAGUGUGUGUCUCUUGCCUCAGACUCCACUGGACUAAUCCCAGUGGAAAAAAUAAUGCCUGCGAAAUUGAAAUAAUGUCCACACGGUGAUUGAUGAGUAACCCAUUCAUGCGUUUAUCUUGAAAAAUGAUUCGACACUCUCCGUUUGGGGAGGUGGGAUGUCCUCUUUUUUAUCCACCAAUCUCCGUCCAUUUUCCUCCAUCUCUGGGUUUUUAUUGCUUCUUAGCGAGUCUUCAAAGAGCCUCAGAGCCUGUAAUUAGGGGGCGGGCUCCCUGCGCCUCAAAACACUUCCCCGCGUUAGUGCCCAACUUCUUCCAAACUGUCCCGGGACUCCGAGCUGCGCUUCUCCCGCUCUCCUCAGCUUCCUUAGGAUUUUGUUUCUCAGGGAUGGCCGCAUCUAUUCUGGAGGUAGGGAAUGUAAUUGAAGACGCACGCUAUGGCUCCAGUCCUCUGGCUAUGUUAACUGCUACCUGUAACAAGUUUGGCAGCACCAGCCCCGUCAGGGAUUCGGCUACACCCGGUAAGACCGGCAGCACCACUCCAGUAAAGAAGCCCUACACCAUGACCUCUGACCUUCAGACAGCUAAGAACGGACGGACCGCAGACGGCAGUGGCCUGGCGGACUCCUACACUGGCUCCUUCACCACAGCUGGAGGAGGGGGAGGAGGCGGCGGGCUGCUUACCCCUACUGGAAGCCCCCCUCCUUCAGCCGGAGGCUACACUACAGAAUAUAAUCCUUUCUCCCACUCCUUCCAGACCUCUGUCUCCCAGGACCCGUCUCUUUUAGUGUCCAAGGCCCACGCUACGGCCGACUGCCUCACCAGUGUCUACACCUCACUGGAUAUGACACACCCUUAUGGUUCCUGGUAUAAAGCCGGUAUCCACCCUGGCAUUACUGCUGCCCCUGCUAAUGCCACAUCCACCUGGUGGGACGUCCACCCCAACUCCAACUGGCUGUCAGCAACGCAGCCCCAGGCGGACGGAGGUCUGCAGGCCUCCCUGCAGCCUGUGGCGCCACAGGCCUCCCUGAGCCCACAGCUGCCAAGCUACAGCACCGACUUUACGCCCCUCAACCCGGCACCUUACCCCUCUGUGGGACUGGGCUCCUCCUCACACCUCCUCCAGCCCUCCCAGCACAUGCUGCCCCAGGACAUGUACAAGCCCAAGCCUGUGCCAAGUGCAGGGCUGAUUGAGAGUCCCAUGGGCCUAAAGCCUGCCAGGGGAUCAGGGGGCUACAGCGGAGGGGGGACGCCCACUAGGUCCUCAUGUGACUGCCCCAACUGCCAGGAGCUGGAGAGGCUGGGAGCCUCCGCCGCAUCCCUGAGGAAGAAGCCCGUCCACAGCUGCCACAUCCCGGGCUGCGGGAAGGUGUACGGCAAGGCCUCCCACCUCAAAGCCCACCUGCGCUGGCACACCGGAGAGCGGCCCUUUGUUUGCAACUGGCUGUUCUGCGGGAAGCGCUUCACCCGCUCGGACGAACUGGAGAGGCACGUGCGCACCCACACGCGGGAGAAGAAGUUCACCUGUCUACUGUGCAACAAGCGUUUCACGCGCAGCGACCACCUCUCAAAGCACCAGAAGACCCACGCGGAUUCUGCGAUGCAGGGGAAAGCCGUAGCCGUGGAGGGAGACACGGAUCCUCGGAGCGAGGAGACCACGGAGCUCAACACCAGCGCUGUACCCACCAAUCCUGUCGCUGACCAAAUCACCAACGGAGAUGAGAAGACUGGCACGCCUAAUGGAGUGGAGAACAGCAGUGGACUGCUGGAGAUCUGACUUCUUUAAUUCCUCUGUUCAGUACUAUUUUGAGACAUGGUGGGUUAGUUUUUAUGGUGAAGAAUCCACCUUUAAAUAAAGAAAAAGACAGUAUUUUGUUUCAAGGCAUACGAAGGACAAAAGACCAAGUUUAAAAAGACUUGAUAUGAUAAAUGACUGAGCAUGUUGCAGGUAGCAAUCACUUCAUUUUCUCUGGACCACACACACACAUAAGCACACAACAUGAGCAAGUCUGCAAACAUAUACCAAUGCACAAAUGUAUGCAGGCACACACGAAUCUGAGCAACCACACCAGGAAAUACACAAACACAGAUACAGAUGCAUGUGCACAUACACAUGAGCAGAGAUAACUAUGAGCAAAUGUGUAAGCAUAUAUAAUGCAUACAUACUGUACAUGCAAGUACACACACACACAAGUAAACAUGCUCAUGCGCACAUUUUGUAGCCUACACACAUUUUCUGCCUUUCAAAUGAGACAAACCACUGGGGAAAUUUAAUCUGCAAAAGCAGAAGGAAAAGAGCUCUGAAGCCGCAAAAGGAAAGUAGUUUUAGAAGGAGACUUAUGGUUAAGAUGAUGGAGUUGAUGGAGCAUUGCAUGCCUAGAGAAAAAUCUGAUUUACAGCUGUACUUUGAUACUUAUUCAUUAUUCUUGAAACAAUCAAAGGACAGUCUUAACUUACUGCUUCUUGUUGCCAAAGACAUUUUGAUGUAAAAGAUUUUUGCAUUUCACUUUUGUUUGCUGUUUUCUUCUUACUAUGUCUUAAUUUAAUUUCAUAUUUACAUAAAUAAUCUAAUUUAUGUCUUAAAUUAUACACAUUGAAGAUUAUCUUGCACCAUGCAGGAAGUAUAAUGCCUGGGGAAAAAAAAAACGCAAGAUGGUUGAAGCUGGCCAAAAAGAAAUUAAAAUGCGUUAAAUUAAUACUUUUUUCUUAUUUAUUAGUUAUAAUGUGGAGUCUGGGGCUUUGUUUUUAAAGAUUUAUUUAUAGAUCUUGAAGUUAGAUGUGCGUGUAAACUAUUUCUAUAUCAUCUUUUAAUUGUGAAGUCUUCCACACCUGGCAAAGUAAUGAUUAAUAAGGGCAUGUCCUUGUUUGUACAUACUAUAUAUUUACAACAAUAUAUAGAAAUUGUUAGGUGUGUUAUUUUUCUACUUUUUUAUGUAUUUUCUACAUUUUGUGUAACUUCCAUGAUGAAAAAGAUGUCUAUGUUGCUUCAGUUAAAAGAAACAUAAACCCGUGAGCUCAAUGUGGUGUUCAUAAUUUUGCUCGUCAUGGUAGAGUUGAACUGCCGGUGUUUGCUGAUCUGUUGUGAAAUGAGUGUAAAAGAUACUGUAAAUAGUGAUAAAGCAUGAAACCUGGCAAAGGUAUACAUGUUGUAAGAGUUAUGGUGUGGAAUCAUGACUAUUUCGGUGCUUUUAAAAGUAAAGAAAUUUGAAAAG